AUGCCUUUGAUGCUUCCAAAGGUGAUCGAAGAAGUGAAUGAUUUGGAUGUUGACAAUAAGAUUUCUUGUAUUAUUGUUACUUUUAAUAUGGGUUGGGCUUUGGAAGUUGGGCUCAAAUUGGGAAUUAAAGGUGUUCUUCUUUGGACUGCUUCUGCUACUUCCUUGGCUUGUUGUUAUAGAAUUCCUCAACUCAUUCAUGAUGGAAUUAUUGAUUCUCAAGUUUUUAAUGUAGAAGGAUUCGUGAUUUCACGUGGCAAUUGCGGUCUGAUGUGGUUACAGAGGCCAUCACAUCAGCAAUACUACGGACGGAUUUACAAUUGUUGGCCGCAAUUUAAAACCAUGAUUUAG